GAAAUUCUGAAGCAAGUGACUGUGCUGAAUUUAGAUACUGGGGAACGAAUACCUCUUAGCGAUGCAGAAAGUUGUCUCCCACCUGCGCUCAACCCGCUCUCUCUACACAUUAUGAGACUUACCAGCGAAUACGUCAGAGUGCAUGUUGCAUCAGGAAGCAGGAAAUCUAUGCCUGAUAGGUGGAAGCAAGCAUUGAGACGCAGCAGAUCAUGUAACUCGAACGUGGAUGGACAAGAAUCAGAUGAAGAGAGUGUGACAGAUGUCAUCGCAAAGAAACUGCCGGAAAUCGACAGUUCAGCGGUGAAGAAGAAAACAUCUCAGUUGAAGAAAUUCCUUGGUCGCAAAAUGGAGUCAGCUGUAAACAAGGCCAAAUCUCUAGCACAUGAGGUUUCCCACAGACACAGAGAGGAGAAAGACGUGUUUGAAGAUGAUGCCCCAGCUCAUGAUACUAUGCAAUAUGUUAAGAUCAAAACUGCUCACAGCCACAAGGGACCCCAUGAGUUUGACAACCUGAUGUAUGUCCAGGAAAUAACAGGGGAGCACACAGGCCCUAUCUGGUGCAUGAAAUUCAGUGGUUGUGGCAGACUUCUUGCUACUGCUGGCCAGGAUCAUGUGCUGAGGGUAUGGGUACUGAAGCAGGCCUUCAACUACUUCCUUGACAUUAGGACAAAGUGUAAUGCUGAUAUCAAGGUAUCUCCAACACCGUCCCAAGAAUCAUUGGUGUCUCAGCACUCUGGCCAGUCAGGUGAAGACCUCGGCUCUCUUGACCCCAACGACGAUGGCAGUGCUCCCUUCAUGCCCAAACCGUUCUGUGUUUACACUGGCCACACUGCAGACAUGCUCGACAUAUCAUGGUCCAAGAAUUACUUUUUAUUGAUCUCAAUGGACAAAACUGUUCGUCUGUGGCACAUAAGUCGGAAGGAGUGUUUAUGUAUCUUCCAGCAUAUGGAUUUUGUCACAGCAAUAACUUUUCAUCCUAAGGAUGACCGCUACUUCAUAUCUGGUGCCCUAGACGGAAAGCUACGACUUUGGAGCAUCCCUGACAAGAGAGUAGUGUUGUGGAAUGAGGUGGGAGGCCAACCAAACCUCAUUACAGCUGCGAACUUCUGCCAGAAUGGGAAAUUUACUGUGGUAGGAACAUAUGAUGGAAGAUGUAUAUUCUACGAGACAGAGCAACUGAAGUACUUCACACAGAUCAAUGUCAGAUCAACAAGAGGGAAGAAUGCCAAGGGAAGAAAGAUAACUGGCAUUGAACCUUUACCUGGCGAAGAUAAGGUGCUGAUAACAAGCAACGACAGUAGAAUACGAUUAUAUGACUUGCGUGACUUGAACCUGUCAUGCAAAUACAAAGGCUACUCCAAUAUGUCUAGUCAGAUCCGUGCAGGAUUCAGUCAUGAUGGCAAGUUUAUUGUAGCUGGAAGUGAAAAUCAGUGUAUCUACAUCUGGAAGACUCAUCAUGACUACUCCAAAUUCUCAUCUGCAAGAAGAGACCGAAACCUGUACUGGGAAGGAGUCAAAGCUCACAGUGCUGUUGUUACUUGUGCAGUGUUUGCACCUCACCCGGAACUGGUAUUCAGCUUCAUUGAACAACAGCAGGAGAUUCUCACACCAAACGAGUCAGAAUAAGGAUAGUGGGACAACCAACAAGGGAUAUGUACUGGUUUCUGCAGACUUCAAUGGCUGUAUCAAAGUAUUUUUGAAGAAAGAAAAACCCAAGCACUCAUCAUUACCAGCAUCAGCUUUAGUGUAGAAUAAGUAGGGAGAUCUUUAGAAGUUUUGCAUUGGAAGAGGUUAUAUUGCAACAGCACUAGAAGGUGUGGAUGGUAAAAACACCGUACUGUGUUUAUAAAAUGGCAGAAAAACCUACUAUACACAAGUUUAGCAGGAGAAUAUUUAAAAACUGUUUUCCCAAUAUUAUGCUAAUAAAUGUACCUUGAGUAUAAUGUGUUUUUCUGCCACUAGGAAGCAUAAUAAUGGGCAUGAAUCCAUUACACCAUAUCCCAUUGCUGUGGUACAUUACAUGUUCCAUUUUAGAGCAGAGGAACUUGAUCACAGUUGUGUGGUUGAAAAUGCUUUGGAUGGAUGGAAAUUUUUGGAAUAAUUUUUCCUUUCUU